GCCUGCCUGCUUUAGGAGGGGCUGCAUUGCAGCAAGGAGAGAGAGAGAGAGAGAGAGAGAGAGAGUGCGCAAGGUUCGCAAGCACACAGACACACACCCUCCCAGACAAAAGCGAGGAAGAAACCAAGGCAGACCAACUGCACAUCGCUGGACCACAACCGCCCUCUGUGGACAAAGGAGACCCCCUUCUUUGUGCAAUUGUGCCACCAGCCAGCAUCCUCGCCCUUCUUUAGAAGCAAGACAUGAGGGACACAGUGAACUCCCAGUAUGACUCCUUCCUUUACUGGAGGAUGCCUAUUCCGGAACUGGACCUCUCCGAGUUGGAAUGCCUCGGGUUGACCGACGCGGCCAUCUACAAGCCAAAGGGGGGAUACGGCAAACUGACCGCAGACGGGAAGAAGCGGAACCUUGAUGCCUCUGACGACGAGGACGGCGACGACAGCCUUGUCCCCUUCAACAGUUUCAAUUUCUGGAGGGCCCCCAUAGCGAGUGUCAGUGCUUUAGAUUUUGAUCUGAUCUGAUGUCAUGUUUCUGGUUCUUAGUGUGAUGAUGAGUGAGGACUUUCCUUUCUCUCCCCCUUCUUUCCUUCCACCUCCCCUAAUCAAUCCUCUAUAGUGGCAUUUUCUGUUCAAGCAGCUACGACAAAACUAAAUGGCUCUGUGAGGGGA